AUGAAACAGCUCCUUUCAACAGUUGUGUACACACAGACUGGCGGGCAGGGGUAUAAAAGAAAGACGUUUAGCAGGAAUUGUCUGAGUGCUCUGCAAGCAAAACAUGGCCGCCAUACGAAUUCUUCUGAUAUCCCAGCUUCUAGCCUGCCUCUGGGUCUCGGUUUCGUCCUGUCUACCCCACCACCUGUGAGCAGCUGUGUGCCCUUCGUGGGUGUGAGUGGAUGCGUCAAUUCAAAUAUUAAGGAACCCAAAUUGCCGCCCAGAGAUAAUGCUUGCUGUGGACCCCAUUGCACCUAUACUGCACAAAAUCCACCAGGAUGCUGCAAUAACACUGUUACAGGACUUUGUAUCCUGGAUACGCACUGCGAUUACAACGUGGCCUUUUACUAUACCAAAAUUUCAAAUUGCCAAUUGCGUUCAAUUAAUGAAAAAAGGUUGAAGAAGGGCUAUGCACGUUUGCUGGCAUUCGAUAUGAACAAAAAAACUUGCAACCUUCAGAAUAAAAAGUGUGGUAUUAAUUGCUGCUGCCGUGAGACAUGUCCAACUCAGUUUUGUAAAGUUUGUUAAUAAAAAUGAAAAGUUUUGACCAAAUUAUAAGUGAA